GCACACAGAGAGGGAUGUCUUCAUCGCCUCCCAGGAUGGAACAAACCCGCCAGCUCGGGGAGUGCUGAGAACCAGAGGGUACCUCCGACGCCAGCAGCAGCCAACAUGACUUGACUGCCCCCAUCCCGCGCGGUCCCUACUCUCCAGACGCCCCCGCCCUUUCCGGGUGCGCGCGCACGAGCCAGCGAGCCGCGGAGCUGUGCGCCUGGCAGCCUGCGGGCGGCGGCGGCCGACAGGCUCGCGGGGAGAGGGGUGGUCAGGGGCGGCGGAGGAGGAGCUGGUGCUGCAGCCGGUCCCCUCCGGCCACGCCCCGCCCUCCGCCGCCACCUGCGCGUCCCCUCCGGGCUCUCCAAACCGGGGGCCAGGGCCUUGUGGGCUCUCGGUGCCGCAGCGGCAGUAUCACUGCGUCCGCCAAUUAGGAGACUCGGCGUUUGGCUCCGUGGCGCGCGGGACGAGCGGCGCUGCCCGUUCUGGCGAGCGGAGGGGGCGCCGGCGCGCGUCCCUGCCGCUGCACUCCCCGCGACGUUUUAGGAGGGGGUAGAGAACUGCUGUGACUUUUGAGGUCCGACUCUUCCUUCCAGCCAGCCUCGCGACGCGCCAGCUCGGAGCGAGGCCAGUGUGACCGGCAGGCCCCGAAGGCUCCCUGCGUGGGCUUGGGGCUUGGAACGUGUCCGGGCGCCCGCGGCGCUGUGCGCGCUGGUGAGUUUGGUGGCGGUGUGGGGUGUCCCCGGCGCGAGGGGCGGAGAGGACGUCGCGCUCUGCCCCUUGGCCCGCCCCCUAGUGCUGCCCCCACUUUGAGAGUAAUUGAGACUUGAGCGUGACUGCGGAGCCUCGAGGAUGCGGGCGCCGGGCGCGGGCUUUCCCUCUGUCGGGCGUGAUGGAGCGGGUCGGUGAGCGGAACAAAGGCGCCCGCCCCGGAGAUUGGGUCCUGGGCUGAAGACCGUGGGCCGCGCGGUGCGACGGCCGCCUGCGGACGAGGGUGGUGGCCGUGCGGCCCGAGGCGCGGCGCACUCCCCCGCGGGCGGGCUGCAAACCCUGAGCCCGGCACCUGCGCGCCGCACCCGCCCGGCUCCCGGCGACCCGAGGUCCAGCGGCGAGCCGCUCGCUGGUGCGGCGGAGAGACGCACGGCCCCCGGCGCUUCGCCGAGAAGCGGAGGCGCCCGGAACGGGCCGCGCGCCGGGAACUGAGCAGGCGUCUCCGGGAGCACUUCUGCACACCGUGGGCUUCCAUGUGAGCGAUUUCGCGCUCCCCCCGACCGCCCCGUCCUCCCAGCCGUCUCCGCUGCCCGAGCAUCCGCGCUGCGGGGCCGGGAGCCUCUGGGCUCCCCGCCGGCCGUCCGGAGUGUGAGGCUCGCACGGUCCCCGGCUGCCCCGCGCCUCGCCGGAGCCUGAGGGGGCGCGGGUCCGGGGCGAGGGCCGGGCGGGCUUGUUUGAUGGCUUCACUGAGAAGAGUCAAAGUGCUGCUGGUGUUGAACUUGAUCGCGGUGGCCGGCUUCGUGCUCUUCCUGGCCAAGUGCCGGCCCAUCUCGGUGCGCAGCGGAGACGCCUUCCACGAGAUUCGGCCGCGCGCCGAGGCGGCCAACCUUAGCGCGCACAGCGCCAGCCCCAUCCAGGAUGCUGUCCUGAAGCGCCUCUCGCUGCUCGAGGACAUCGUCUAUCGGCAACUGAAUGGCUUAUCCAAAUCCCUUGGGCUCAUCGAAGGUUAUGGUGGGCGGGGCAAAGGGGGCCUUCCUGCUACCCUUUCCCCGGCUGAAGAAGAGAAAGCCAAGGGACCCCAUGAGAAGUAUGGCUACAAUUCCUACCUCAGUGAAAAAAUUUCACUGGAUCGUUCCAUUCCGGAUUAUCGUCCCACCAAGUGCAAGGAGCUGAAGUAUGCCAAGGAGCUGCCCCAGAUCUCCAUCAUAUUUAUCUUCGUGAACGAGGCCCUGUCCGUGAUCCUGCGGUCAGUCCACAGUGCGGUCAACCACACGCCGACACACCUGCUGAAGGAAAUCAUCCUAGUGGACGACAACAGUGAUGAAGAGGAGCUGAAGGCCCCCUUGGAGGAGUACGUCCACAAGCGCUACCCUGGGCUGGUGAAGGUGGUGCGCAAUCAAAAAAGAGAGGGCCUGAUCCGAGCUCGCAUCGAGGGCUGGAAGGUGGCCACGGGCCAGGUCACUGGCUUCUUUGAUGCCCAUGUGGAAUUCACCGCUGGCUGGGCGGAGCCGGUUCUGUCCCGAAUCCAGGAGAACCGGAAGCGAGUGAUCCUUCCAUCCAUCGACAACAUCAAGCAGGACACCUUUGAGGUGCAGCGGUACGAGAACUCGGCCCACGGCUACAGCUGGGAGUUGUGGUGCAUGUACAUCAGCCCCCCAAAAGACUGGUGGGACGCCGGAGACCCUUCUCUCCCCAUCAGGACGCCAGCCAUGAUCGGCUGCUCCUUCGUGGUCAACAGGAAGUUCUUUGGUGAAAUCGGUCUUCUUGACCCCGGGAUGGAUGUGUAUGGGGGAGAAAAUAUUGAACUCGGAAUCAAGGUGUGGCUCUGCGGGGGCAGCAUGGAGGUCCUGCCUUGCUCACGAGUGGCCCACAUCGAGCGGAAGAAGAAGCCCUACAACAGCAACAUUGGUUUCUACACCAAGAGGAAUGCCCUCCGGGUUGCGGAAGUCUGGAUGGAUGAUUACAAGUCUCACGUGUACAUUGCGUGGAACCUGCCGCUGGAGAAUCCAGGCAUUGACAUAGGCGAUGUCUCCGAAAGAAGAGCUUUGAGGAAGAGUUUAAAGUGUAAGAAUUUCCAGUGGUACCUGGACCACGUGUACCCGGAAAUGAGAAGAUACAACAACACCAUUGCAUACGGGGAGCUUCGAAACAACAAGGCGAAAGACGUCUGCUUGGACCAGGGGCCACUGGAGAACCACACAGCAAUAUUGUACCCAUGCCAUGGCUGGGGACCCCAGCUUGCCCGCUACACCAAGGAGGGCUUCCUGCACUUGGGCGCCCUGGGGACCACCACGCUCCUCCCUGACACCCGCUGCCUGGUGGACAACUCCAAGAGUCGGCUGCCCCAGCUCCUCGACUGUGACAAGGUCAAGAGCAGCUUGCACAAGCGCUGGAAUUUCAUCCAGAAUGGAGCCAUUAUGAACAAGGGCACAGGGCGUUGCCUGGAGGUGGAGAACCGGGGCCUGGCUGGCAUUGACCUCAUUCUCCGCAGCUGCACAGGACAGAGGUGGACAAUUAAGAACUCGAUCAAGUAGCGGGGAGCAGCAGGGGCCCCCAGAGCUUGGCCCCCGGGGUGGGGUCUGCCCAUCUUCUGGACCAGCCACACUGGCGGAGAGACAGCAGGAAGCCAGCAGGUGCUCAGCGGGCCUCCCGGGGCUUCUCCAGGGCAGCACAGGGGCCCCAGAUGGAGAUUUGGUGUCCCCCUUUGGUACUCAACUGCCAUGAGGCCCAUGCUCCCUGGAAGAGCCCCCCACCCCUCCUCUGGAAACCCGGGAGCCGCGUCUUCUGCCGCCUGGAUGUGGACCGCGUACCGUGGAGUGAAACCCCCAUGUGCUCCACAUCCUCUUCCCAGCCACUCUCAGGACUGGGACUGGCAGGGGCCCCUCCUCUUUCUCAUCUCUUGCAGCCGCAGCAGCUUCUGAAUGCCGCCCCCAGCCCUCAACAGAGUGGGGGGAGGUGCUCAGCUGCAUCCCAUCUCCCCCUCUUCGGAGGAGGCCCUGAGGCCCUGAGACUCCGUGUCCCUUGACAUUGCUUCUGCCCAGAUGCCCAUUUACAAGGCGGGCUCCACCCCCAACCUUUCCAUCAGAUGGGCAGCCCUGGACUUUUCUGGACCCUCCCUUAAGAUGGCUUGGAAGGAAUUAAUGCUUCCACGGCCACCCGCCGGGGCACGAGGCUCCCAGGUUUCUGGGCCAGCAACUCUGCCUGUGUCUAUAGGGAGCCAGAGACAGGAAGCGGCCGAGCGCAUAGGGAGGUCGUGGCUGUGAGGGGGCCCCCGGGGCCAGAGCCAGGCUGGUGCAGCUCUGCCCUCCCGGGGACCAGGGAGCCCUGACUCAUGGAGGCUGCCACAGGCGCCUCCUCCUGGAGUGUGAAGACUGAAGCCAGCAGAGCAGAGGGGGGUCUGGACCCUGGAGGAUGCUCUCUGUUCCCCUCAUUUCCCCCCGUGCUCUGCCGGCUGACAGGGGAGAAGGCAGUCGAUUCCUCUCUGAAGAGUAAUAAUUUUUUUCGAUUGCCCUCUGGUUAGGGUGCACUUAUAAAUCAGAGUUAAUAUAUGAACGCGUGUGCGUGCCUGUGUGGCGUGCGUGACAGCGUGUGCGUGCGUGCAUGAGUGUGUCUGGGCGUGUGCGUAGGAGUGUGUGAUAGAGCAGAUGUCAGCGUGUGGCCUUGGGCUUGUCGCUUCAUUACUCACCUGGGUCAGGACAAGGCUGCUGGACGCUUGGGGGGUUGGCCACGCAUCUUUGGCCCGGAGGACGUGGCCCAGCCUUGCCCCACGUGGAGCCCCAGAUGGAAGGCUGUCCUUUCUGCCGGUUCCCUCUCUGUCCCUCAUGCUGUCCCCGAAGGCCAAGCCCUGCCCAGAACCAAAUCCUGUAGACGCCCAGUUUGGGGUUCACAGUGUCUCAUUUGGUGACAUCCUAUUGGUGGUCACUCCCCGCCCCCUUCCUCCCUUGUGAAAUAAAUACAUGUGAGCACUUCCCAGAGCAGCCUUGUUUGCUUCUUGGUUCCUCCAGAACCCGGGGCUCGGGCGGAGUUCCUGGAACACGGCACAGGGCGCCUUCAGUGUGAGGGUUUGGUCUUACUGCAAGCAGCAGCCUUCAGAGCGGAGGCUGAGACAGCCAGACUGCACUUGGGCUCAACUUCCCCCCAAAGCAGGACAGAAUUUAGCAUUUGGCACUAACUCACUAACCCCCUGGUGGCCCCCAGCGUAUGAGGGUCAGGCUGGUGCAGGAAGCUGGAAAGAGGAGGAGGGUUGAGGUGGCCUGGCUGCGUCACCCUGAUCCACCCAUUCCUGAUGCCGUGCAGCCACCGACACCUCUCAAAACCACAGAGCCGGCGGCGGAAGCAUCUGCCCCCUUUUCUCGUGGAAAUGUGAAAUCCAUAAAGAUGCCAGACUUUCUGCCACAGAAAUGGGUAUGGUCAGGGGUCCCCUAAGCUAGGACAGCCCUUUUUCCCUUUGAGGAGGCCCAGAAGGUCCAUCUUGUUGGCUGUGACACAGACACCCAUAGCAAUGGACAUUCACAUUUUUGGGGGGUUCUACAAGAACUGGGGUCCAUGAGCAUGUUGAUGGAAAAUGCUACUGUUGGGUAAUAAGGAGCUCAUCAGACUUUAAUAUUGGAGUCUCGGGGUCACCGUGAAAUGAAAAGAGCGAAGGUCUGCCGGUUCCCAGGGAGGUCAAGGGAAAUGCUGGGAUAAUAUUGCAAUACAGUGCCUUGCGGGGGGCGGGCAUGGUGCCCCGGCUGCACCAUUCUCCCUCUGUGUGCGUCCUGAAGGAAGAGUAUAAAGAAGACGUCAUCCUGUUUUACCACUGGCUGAGGUUUUGACCCCAUAUCCCGGUGAGGUACUCAGGGAGCCCAGGUGGGAUCCUUCAUUCAAUGGCCUCAAGCUAAAGUAAGCCGCGAGACCUGCUCGGUGCUCGGGUGGGGCGGGAGCCCGCCCUCCAGUGCAUCUGGGGCUCCUUUGUACUCCCAGCUGCACCUCUGUAAGUAUCCUGGAACUUUCGAGAGAGAAGCACUCGUCUUCGUCUUCCGUGUCCCCUGCAGCAGGACGGGACGUUCGGGUUUGCUUGUGGAUGCGUGUUGACGGGGGGCAUGGUGGUGGUGCUGGCUCAGGACCAUGGGGGGCUCUCUGCGUUCAUACGGGCACCUGCUGUCAGUACUCACCUGGGCUACCUCCCAAAGGCUCGGCUACCUGGAGACACCGGCCGGAGCCUGAGGCCAGCAACCCAGGUUGGCACCCUCUUCCCACAGGGUCCCUGUGGGUCUGAAGAUGGGAGGAGUGGCGGGCCAGGGGCCAAGGCAGAGAAGAGGAAUGAACAAAGGCAAAGGGGGAGGAGAGAAAAGAGAAGCAGAGCCCUGGGGAGCCUUGCAUCCCAGUCCUCUGGGGGAAUUUGGAAGCUCCAGGGCUCCACGUCUCUGCGCAGUGGCUGUGAGCUCCAAGCGUCGGGCUCCAGGGACAUCUCACCCUCCUUCAGCAAAGGGCGGCAGCUGGCACCAUCUGUAGCUGGGGAUCUCACUCCCCACCGUCGCUGGGGGGCCACUCCAGAGGGGGCUGAGCUCAGACAGCCUCUGCUCCAUGCCCUCUCUGUCCCCUCAGUCCCUCACCUGCGCCCCCACUCCCCUGCCUGGUGACUAUUUCUUCUCUCAUUUCCUCUAUUUAUAUGGCAGAAAACAUCACAGAUGGUGUUCCUGACACAUGUCCAAUCCUCAUCGCUGAUGUCUCUGAUGCUGUAUGUGUUCUUUCUCGAAUGCCUUCUUUAUAUGCCUAUUCUGGUGGCCAGAGAAGGAGAAAUAGGGAAGACUGGGAAAGCACAAUCUGGGCCAGAAGCCACCAUUUUAACCCACUUGGAGCCCUUUGGCUUGGUUUCCUGAAGCCAUUUCUCUCCAUCUGAUAUAUCUUCCUACUGUUUUCCAGAAGUAUCCCAGCUUCCCAAAGGGUGGAAGUCGGGCUCGGGCAGAGCAGACGGCUCCCAUGGGCCACCCCAUGAGUUGUCCCCGAUUUGCAUGCUGUUUCUCUCCUCCUGGUUUGCUUGGGACUGCUGCUCUGAGAAAGGCUGAGUGACAGCCCCGCCAACCACCCCCCACCCGUGUGACAGCCCCCCAGGGGAUGGGCUCUGGAGGGGCCUGGAGCCUGUGCAGGAAACCAGGAGGCCCAGGCCAGCAGGAAGCAGACAGGUGCCUGGCUUUGGGCUCCCAGUCUCUGGUCAUUGCCAGCAUCUCGUCAUGUUUUUGCUUGAUUUUUCUUAAGUUUUUAGUGUAAUUCCCGUGUAGUUAACAACGUGUUAUGUUCAUGUCAGGUGUACAAUGUAGUGAUUCAACACUUCCGUACAUCACCCAGUACUCAUCGUGACAAGUGCGUUCCUUAAUCCCCAGCGCCUGUUCCCCCGUCCCCCACCGCCCACCACCUCCCCUCCGGGAACCAUCUGUUUGUUCUCUAUAGUUAAGAGUCUGUUUCUUGGUUUGCCUCUCUCUCUCUUUUUUUCUCCUUUGCUCAUUUAUUU